ACCCUCCCAGCUAUAAAUCAGCCACGUGGAGCUGCUGCUGCGGCAGCGGUAGCCCUGACUUCCUGGUUUGCUUCCUGCAAGCCUUGCGGCAGGGGUCUCCGGGUAGUGGGUGUGAGAAAGGGAGGGGCGGCCGAGAGCGGCUCCCAGUCCUCCGCGCGUAGGGGGAGGGGGUGGCUGCGGGACGGGGGAUCGUGGAGGGCACGGGUGGUAAGGACAGAGUUAUGGCCCAUAAUUAAACCAAAAGUUUGGGAAUCUGGAAGCUUUAAGAGCUGAGCCGUGGGGCAAAGGCUAAGGACCAGACCUGGGGAAAGUGUAAGUUAGUUCUAGGGUAACAGGGAAUUGUGAAGGGGGUUCUUGGGCACAGUGGCGAGAGAAGAAGGGGGCUGCGGACCGGGAAGGGGGUAGGUGCACGGAAAGGAAGCUUGGAAGAGCGAGGAGCGAGGCACAGGGGUCGGUUGGAGCUCUGCGGAGGCCGCCGGAGGGAGGGGGGAGCGGCGGCGGCGGAGCGCGGUCCGAGCCGGCGAGCCGCGGGGAGGGGGCGGAGGGAAGAGCCCGGGGGAAGGUAGAGCCAAGGGGAGUUCCGGAUCUGGAGCUGGAAAGGGCAGGCAGCGGAGAGGGCGGCAGCCGAGGCUGUAGGGGUGGGGGAGGGAGGAGGUGGAGAGCCGGAGGAGGGGGAAGGAGGGAGGGGAGAGCUGUGGCGGCGGCUGCGCCGGGCUCUGUGUCUCUCGCCGGCGGAGGAAGAUGAGGCUGAAGAUUGGGUUCAUCUUACGCAGUUUACUGGUGGUGGGAAGCUUCCUGGGGCUAGUAGUCCUCUGGUCUUCCCUGUCCCCGCGGCCGGACGACCCAAGCCCGCUGAGCAGGAUGAGGGAAGACAGAGAUGUCAAUAACCCCCUGCCUAACCGAGGAGGCAAUGGAUUAGCUCCUGGGGAUGACAGAUUCAAACCCGUGGUACCAUGGCCUCAUGUUGAAGGAGUAGAAGUGGACUUAGAGUCUAUUAGAAGAAAAAACAAGGCGAAAAAUGAACAAGAGCGCCAUGCUGGAGGAGAUAACCAGAAAGACAUAAUACAGAGGCAGUAUCUCACAUUUAAGCCUCAGACAUUCACCUACCGAGAUCCUGUGCUACGCCCGGGGAUCCUCGGUAACUUUGAACCCAAAGAACCUGAGCCUCAUGGAGUGGUUGGUGGCCCUGGAGAGAAAGCCAAGCCAUUGGUUUUGGGACCAGAAUUCAAACAUGCAGUUCAAGCCAGCAUUAAAGAGUUUGGAUUUAACAUGGUGGCAAGUGACAUGAUCUCACUGGACCGCAGCGUCAAUGACUUACGACAAGAAGAGUGCAAGUAUUGGCAUUAUGAUGAGAACCUGCUCACUUCCAGCGUGGUCAUUGUCUUCCACAACGAAGGAUGGUCAACCCUCAUGAGAACGGUCCACAGUGUCAUUAAAAGGACUCCAAGGAAAUAUUUAGCAGAAAUUGUGUUAAUUGAUGAUUUCAGUAAUAAAGAACACUUAAAAGAAAAACUAGAUGACUAUAUUAAGCUGUGGAAUGGCUUAGUGAAGGUAUUUCGAAAUGAAAGAAGAGAAGGUUUAAUUCAAGCACGAAGUAUUGGCGCCCAGAAGGCUAAACUUGGACAGGUUUUGAUAUACCUUGAUGCCCACUGUGAGGUGGCGGUUAACUGGUAUGCACCGCUUGUAGCUCCCAUAUCUAAGGACAGAACUACAUGUACUGUGCCUCUAAUAGAUUACAUAGAUGGGAAUGAUUAUUCCAUUGAACCACAGCAAGGUGGGGAUGAAGAUGGUUUUGCCAGAGGGGCCUGGGACUGGAGUUUACUAUGGAAACGUAUUCCUCUAAGCCACAAGGAAAAGGCCAAAAGAAAGCAUAAAACUGAACCUUAUCGGUCCCCCGCCAUGGCUGGUGGAUUAUUUGCCAUUGAACGAGAGUUCUUCUUUGAACUGGGUCUCUAUGAUCCAGGUCUCCAGAUUUGGGGUGGUGAAAACUUUGAGAUCUCAUACAAGAUAUGGCAGUGUGGUGGCAAAUUGCUGUUUGUGCCUUGUUCCCGUGUUGGACACAUCUACCGUCUUGAGGGUUGGCAAGGGAAUCCUCCACCCAUUUACGUUGGGUCUUCUCCAACUCUGAAGAAUUAUGUUCGAGUCGUAGAGGUUUGGUGGGAUGAAUAUAAGGACUACUUCUAUGCCAGUCGUCCUGAAUCAAAGGCAUUAGCAUAUGGGGAUAUAUCUGAGCUGAAAAAAUUUCGAGAGGAUCACAACUGCAAAAGUUUCAAGUGGUUCAUGGAAGAAAUAGCUUACGACAUAACUUCACACUACCCUUUGCCACCCAAAAAUGUCGACUGGGGAGAAAUCAGAGGCCUCGAAACUGUUUACUGCAUUGAUAGCAUGGGGAAAACAAACGGAGGCUUUGUUGAACUAGGACCCUGCCACCGGAUGGGAGGGAAUCAGCUUUUUCGAAUCAACGAAGCUAAUCAACUCAUGCAAUAUGACCAGUGUUUGACAAAGGGGCCUGAUGGGUCAAAAAUUAUGAUUACACACUGUAACCUAAAUGAAUUUAAAGAAUGGCAGUACUUCAAGAACCUACACAGAUUCACUCACAUUCCUUCAGGAAAGUGCUUAGAUCGCUCAGACGUCCUACAUCAAGUGUUCAUCUCCAAUUGCGACUCCAGUAAAAUGACUCAAAAGUGGGAAAUGAAUAACAUCCAUAGUGUUUAGAAAGAAUAAAAGAAACCAAUAACCUACCUACUGACACGUAAAUUGAUACAGGACUGAAAACCGCCUGAAACCUGCUGCAACUAUUAUUAAACUCUGUACAGCUCCAAACCCAGAACCUCCUGAUCAGUUUGAAGGACGUUGAUAAACUGUGAUUUUACAAUAACAUUAUCAUCUGCAGUUACUGUUUACAAAACUGCUUUUACCUUAAACUUCGUAGAUGUUUACAUCUUUUUUUGUUUUGUUUUAAGAUGAUAUUGGUAAUUUGUGCAUUUAGCUCUGGUUUAAUUAGAACAGAGUGAAAAGCAUUGUUGUCUUCUUUGGGAUUACACUCAGGGGUCUGAAAGGCAGUUUGAUUUUUUUUUUCUUUAACACACUUGAAAAAAGGUUGGAGUAACCAGACUUUCGUAUAUAACUUGGUGAUUAUCAACCUGUUGUGUCUUUAUUUAAUUUUACAUCUUUAUGAAGCACUGCCACAGGUUCUUAGCCACGGUGGCCUUCCUUCACAGUCAUGCUGCUUUCUUGAAAGGUGAAUUUCAACACAUUUAGUGCCUCUUUCAUUUCUCAGUAUAUAUUUCAAGAGCUUUUGAUGAAAUUUAUAGGUUGGUAUUGAUGGAAUUGUCAUCUGUAGGAGGAGUCCUUUUAUUACUCAGAAAUGAAUUUACAUGCUACCAUUUGCUCUGAAAUUGAAUGUUGUAUAGCUUGAGAAAGAAAAGACAGUCUGGAACGUCCCAAGGCUAUUUCAUAGGUUGAAGAUUGUGUAUGGCAUUAACUCCCUUCCCUGCUGGCAUUCCCAAUGCUCUCUGUUGAUACUGACUCCCAAGAUAGCCAAGAGGGUCUACCAACUAGAGAAUUGUCCACUGACAUCUGGGAUUUACUUUUCCCUAGAACCUGUCACUAUAGAAAACUAUAAAUAAUUCUCAGUUUCAAAACCUUGAAUUACUGAGGGGGUAACAAAAAUAACAAAACACCACUGUAAACACAUCAAAGGUUCAUUCUGACCAAGGUAGGAAUUUCCGAGCCCUUGUUAGAUUAAGCCUUACUAAAACUCCUGUGCAUUAUUAACCUAAGCUGUGCAACCUGUGAAGCUGUGAGUGGAUGUUUCAUGUAUAUCUUCAUCCAAAUGAAAUUCCCUACACAUCUUUUAAAUUAAAAAAAAAUCUAUUUAAAAAUACAGUUCAUUAACAAAUAUGAACUUCUGUUAGGUUAUAUUUUGGUUCUUUAGUGUUUCUUAAUUUUUUUUUUAGGAAGCAUAUUUCUAUUAGUAUUUUUCCAGUGAAAAAGAAGACUUGUUUGGAUUUAAACAUUUAUUAAGAUAGGACUUACUGUAGGAAAACCAAGUGCAAGUGGUCAAUUCAAUUCUAAUUUCUAAAUAGUCUUUUGUUACCCAAAAGAUUAAAAUGCUACAUUGAGUUAAAAAAAAAAAAUGGAUAAAGUGGGGAAUGGCAAGUAAAUUAAGCAGUUUUGAUCCUGUAAUCAUGAUAUCAUUUCAAUGAAAGGAAUUUCACAAACUACUGCCAGAGGGAACUACUUUUAAUUACAGCUUUAAAAAGGAAAGAAAAAAAUCUACACUUGUUUAGAAGAAAAGCCUACAAAUUUUUCUUCCAAGCUUAGCUCUUAAAUUUGGAGUCAGAGUUAAACAUCCUGAACAGAGUUUUACUUAUAAUUUUGAACUGUCAAUUUGUAUUUUGCUACUGAUCUGUGAUCAACCAUUUUAACUUCCAUUCACCUCUAGGGAUGUUUAAAAAGGAAUACAUUUAUAUAUGCUGAUAUCAUUGCAAAAUAAAUCAACUAUGAAAAGGAAACGAAGAGAAUUGGUACUUCAAUUACUUGUGUCUCUGCAGAUAGGCUCCGUUUUCCUUGUUGAAUAGAUUAUAACCUUGUUAACUAUGCAUAGGCCUAAGAAAGGUGGCACAUAAACUUUGCAUGUAAAUUUUAAAUGGGUAUUUUGUGCAAUUCAUUAAUACUCUAUGAAAAUGAUUCUAUAUAUUGAAAUCAGAAACCGUACCAAACAUGAAAAACAUCAGAAGCUGCUGCCAUAGGACUAUUUUCUACUGUAGGCUGCUUUGGAAAUAAUUCCCACAUCCUUGCUUUGUAAGUUGAUAAUAUCACUAUGCAUUUCUACACAUUUUAUAAAUUUGAUUUAUGCAGAUUUUGAUACACUGUAUGUUUCUGUAGAAAUUGUAUAAAUAUUCAAAUUUUAUUAGGGAUAAAUUUGAGAAGUUUAUGUAUAUCUUAAUUCUGGGUUGCUUGUUUUUUAGGUGAGAAAAAAAUAAAAUACUGUAUUUUAAUCGA